GGAAACCACAUGCAGCAACUGCACAAGCACCAAAGGCUGAAGGUGCAGGGUCACGAUCAUCAGUCAGAGUAACGGAGAGUUACGGGACGAACACAAAUCUUUGGCUGUUAGGCUGACUGACUGAGAGAUGCCGCUUCUGCUGCUGUGUGUUGCUCUCCAGGCUUUGUCCUUUUCUCAAGGGCUCAAUGGUACAGAUGACCUUCCUUCCAAGAGUGUGGCAAAGCAUGCUGAUCAUUCAGACAAACAGAUUGAGCUCUCCACACUAAGUCUGUCCAAGGGCUGCUCUGGUGUGCUCAGGGCUCUUCACCAGAACACUACAGUCCAUGUGACCCUCAAUCUUCUGGAUGCUGAGGAAAAGAAAGAGCUUGCUCUCCAAAUCUGUGAACUUUUUGGUUGUGGCCACGGUUUUGAGAUCGGCACGACUGCACCGGUGCACAGUGGCACUUGUCUUGCAGACUGCAUCUUGAAAGACUCAAAACUGCACAACUGCACUACAGCCGCAGAAGGCGACUGCACAAAUGCAACUGAAGUAAUUUGCGAGGCUGUCAAAUUGAUCGGAGGACGUGAUCGCUGUGCAGGACGGGUGGAGCUGGUGCAUUUUGGGCAAUGGGGAACGGUGUGUAACGAGUAUUUUGACAUCAAAAGUGGACAAGUAGUAUGUGCUCAGCUGAGAUGUGGCAGUGCAAUAAGAACGGCCAAUUUUGGGGCCGGCAGCGGAGCCAUCCACAUCAGCAAAAUGAAAUGCAACGGCACAGAGAGCAACUUAUGGGAGUGCGGCCCCAUCGACAACACUGUCAACUACUGUGGACAUAAGGAAGAUGCUGGCAUUGUGUGUUCAGAAAGUGUUGAGAUCACACCCACAGGGAGCAUAACCGAGCUGGAGUUAACAACACUGGUGGCAGUGUCAACCGCAGUGGCAGUAACAGAGCGCAGCAGUGGAGUUUCAGCAGCAGCGAUUGGCUGCAUCAUCUUAUCUAUUGUUUUACUUAUGUUUAUUAUUAUAAAUACUGCUGUCUGUGUGCAUUUCAGAAGAGCAAAGGGCAAGUACAUUAUAAUCACUUUUUAUAUUCAAAAGAACUCAUCACAAAUUUAA